UCCGCUCAGCUGUCGGAGGCCCCUGCCCACCCUCAGGCCUACGAGAUGGAGCUGGACGUGCAGGCUGGGGGGCUGCCCAAGCUUCAAAUCAAGAAGGUGGACACCAGCCCGGGGUCAGACGCCGAGCCGCUGAGAAGGGAUCCAAGUGUCGCCCCCGGCCUGGGCCUGCCCAGGGGCAGCAAGGCCUCGAGACCCGACACCUACACGUCCCCCCCCUGCCUUCGCCCCGCGCACAGCAGCCCCAGCAAGAACGGCGGACAGACCUACAUCUGUCAGUCCUGCACCCCCACCCGCUGCCCCUCGAGCACCCCCAGCCCGUUCCAGGCAGACACUGGGGUUCCCUGGACACCAUCUCCCAAGCACAGCGGGAAGACAACCCCGGACACGAUCAGGGACUGGCCG